CCCCGGCCGUUGUUGCUAGCUGCGUGGGUCGCGUUUCACGGGCGUAGAGAGAGAGAGAGAGAAAGCGAAGAGGAAGGGAGGGAGGGAGAGAGAGAAGGGGGGGCCAAGCCCUACGCGUCGUCUCCUGCGGUUUCUUCCCACCCCUUUCCUGCCUCGGCUUGCGCCUUCAACCUUUGCUGAAAAUUCUGUCCUCAGAAAGUGAAAGGGGCCUGUGAAGAGUUUUCUUGCGGCAGUGCAAUGGAGGUAUUUGGCAAAUCUGUGAUUGCUGAGCCCAGCAAUGUGAUUUUCUUGUCUGCAAUCCUUAACACAGAAGGGUCAAACCCUAGUCACAAGUGUGACAAGAGGUGCCAGAACGAGCACAUUUUUGGGAACAUGUACCGUUGCAAACUCACUGGAACCACUCACAUCUGCGACAAAAACUGUAACCAGAGGAUCCUCUAUGACAACCAUAACUCGCUCUGCCGAGUGAGUGGACAGUUUUUUCCGCUCUCUCCAUUGGAGCAGCAAGCAGUGAGGGGUAUCCGCAGGAAGCAUGAAGUGGACAGCAAUGAAGGCUGUUCCUUUAAGCGCAGGCGUGGUGCACAGCUGCAUCCUUCCCCCUUCGAGAGGUCCUACUCUGCUGUGUCUCCAAUCCCGAGCCAGGUUGGAGAUGGCAUGGACCUGAGCUAGAGUUAAUGAGACUUCCUUUUCUUCGGCCAGCCACCUAAUUCCGUUCUAUCUACCCCCUUUCCCUUCGAUUACAGGAUGGAACUAUAAGAGCUUCCUUCUUUGUAGACUUAUAUGAAGGGAUAUGAGACUCCUUAGAUGCACCGAAUAAAUGUCUAUGUAGUAUCUAUUCUGUUUCAUGGGACCUUGUUGUAACUCGUGAACUUUGAUUGAGCGCCUAUUCUGAUUUAGUGGUACUUUGAUACAAUCAUUCGCUGUUUCACUUUUUUUUUCACACUUCCGAUUUAGUUAUUUUGUGUGUUUUACUUUAUGUUCAACUAAUUUUCUUUCUAAUUUCGAUUCUUGAAUGCGAUUUAAUAUAAUUGAGUGGUGUACAUGUGUCUGUCAAUGUAAAUAUGUGAAGGAUUCUUUGGUCCUGUAAUCCAGGCACAGGGAACUGACUUGCCUUUGCUGACUGAAGUUUUUGUACAGCUGUUACUAGUGUUUUGCUUGACAAGUUCCUAAUCAAGCUUGAAUCAUUUACGGUUUGUUCUCAUAUAGCUCAAUUCUAUCUGUUGCUUAACUCUUUUUUACAGGUUAUGUUUCUAACGCUUAAUGUUUUCCUCAUGUUCUUUUUUGUCUUGUUUUUCCCCUUAACAUUUGUUGUAUGCAGGACCAUCCAGGUUCUAAUCGUUUUUGGGAAAUGUUUUGUUCUUUUUGUAUAAUUAUAUUGCUCACUUAAUUUCAUUUGUUAAUUAAUUUGCUUUGUUUUGUUUUGUUUUGUUUUGCAGGUGAACAUCACUGAUUCUAUUUUCAUCGUCGGAUGGCAAGAAACUAAUCAUGGAGUCCCUUCUCAUUCCUUGCUGUGGAGAACUGUUUAGCUGCAGCUGAGCAGCAUGCUUUCCAGGUCCAUGUCAGCAUGUCGGGAAGUUAGUUUCUUUUGCUGUCAUGCCACAACCUCUGUUACUCGAAAUAGCCAUAAAUCGAGGCAGUCUCUUUGCUCAUGUAAAACAGAUGAUGUUCUUGCUCUAUAGACUGAGUGAGGAGAGGUAGUUCUUCUUUGCUCAUUCUGUUCUGAACAUAAAUUGGUGGAAGAGAAGUUUGAUGCUACCACUUUGCUAUAAGGACUGAGCCAGACACAAUAACAUCAAACUGAGAUACCGCAGUUUACAACUUUUUCAAUAUGGCAGAUUGAAGAGCAGCAAGAUCAGCUUCCAUGAAGCUGGCAAGCUGCAGUUUGAACAGCUUCCACCUGCAGUUUGAAGAAAUCUUUCUAAGGUCUUGGACUAAAGGCGAAUCCUUCUGUGUCAAUCUUGCCUUCACCCCAAGCAUGCUGGAUACCUUGUAAUGAUUGUAGUACUUGACAACUGUUACCAAAGUAGUGGAUGCUUUUCUUUCGCAUGAAGUUUUGUUGGUACCCCACCUCGUCUGUCUGUAAGAAAAAAUGUUAUGCAUCCUGGUCCAUUUCUUCUAUGCAUCCUGAGAAAAUGGUCAGUAUAAUCUAGGGCUUUCUUUUGUCAUGUUGAUUUUUGUA